AUGUCCGAAGAAGACGCAGAAACGUCUGGGCUCAACGGCAAUGCUGAUGAACAAAAUGUGAAAAAAGAGGGGAAAGGUCCUGAAGAAGAAUUAGAUGAAUCUCAGGUUGAAAGCAACACCACUGAACACCCGCCUUCAGAUGUACAAGAUAGCGAUGCUGGAGUAAAGACUGAAACUGGCGAGCUGGUGGGGGAAACGGUGCACAAGUCAACUUUUUUGACAUCAGGUGAGGAGGACACAGUAGAGGCGACAGCUCAAGCAGACCUUCCCGAGGACAGCAAGCAAGAUGGAGCAUCACCAAAGAAAACAACCUUUUCUAAUGAAGUUGGGAACUCAACAGCCACUGUGAAGAUCAUGCUGAUGCCGGAGGGACACAUGAUGACGAUGGCCUUUGCAAUUGGGCUGACCGUCAAGGAGUUGAAGUAUCACUUCGCAAAUGAGCUGAAAGUGCCAUCAGAAGUCAUACAGAUUUCUCAGAGUGGCAGGAUGGUAGAGGACCAUAGGACCCUGAUAGAGCUGGGAGUGCAGCCUCAUGGCACCAUCCAGUUGGAGAUGACCUCGUCUGACCCUGAAAACCACCCCAUCCGUCCUGUCAAGCCCCAGCAGGACUACAACAUGCCUGACGUAAUCACUGUCCGUGUCCAGACAGAGACAGAGACAUUCCAGGAUGUGGUGGUGGAGAUUGAGAGGGCCACCCAUAGGAAGGCUUUCCUGGGAGGCUACAGACACAAGGCCACAGAGACCGAGUACCACCAUGCAGCUGUACAGACCAUAGCUAAGAGGAAACCCAUUAGGGGGGUGGGGACCUUCAGCCGCGAUACACAGACAGUGACGGUGAAGAGCCAGUCCCAGCAGUGCACCAACAGCACAUCCACCCAGAUGACCAAGAUCGGCUGCUACGUGUCCAACAUGGAGGACAAGCUCAUCUCCCCUGGCUCCUACAUCACCGCCGCCCAGUACCAUGGCAAGAGACUGAGAGCUGUGAUCACUCUGCAGAUGUACACGCGGCGCUGGCAGGCCAAGCGGAUGACGGACCAGCUGAGGCAGGACAGGGAGCUGCGUCUGACCUGGAUGGAGAGAGAGGGGACGAGGAAGAGGGAGGAGAAAGAAGAGCAGAUCAAGGCUGAGUACCACAGGAGGAUGAACCCCCAGUGCAGGGACGACUUCGCCCUGCUCUACAGUGCCCUGGAGAAGUGGAGGAGAGAGGAGGUAGAGCACAUCGAUGCUACUCUGGAUGGUGCUGAGAGGAAGGCUGCUCUGUGUGCGCUACUGGAGCAGGAGAGCCAGCUCAUUGCCUCCAUCGGACGCCAUCGCAUCGCCGCCGGAGAGAGGAAUUACGACAAGGCCGUGCAGGCCUUCCUUGAGAAGUGUGCUGCCCCUAAGAGGUGGCGUGCAUUCGAUGGGAAGAUGACCCAGGUGGACACCCAGUACACCAUCAGAGCCAAAGAGCUGAAAGACCUGUACUCCAGCAUCAACCUGCACUACUUCAACCAGGAGGAGAGGCUUGACGUGCUGCUCACACUCAAACACACCGUCAAGGAGCACGACUGCAAGCUGACCCAGAACAUUGUGGAGUUGAUUGACAGGGAGGCGGACCUCCUGAUGAGGGGGGUAAAGGAGACCAAUCUGGAGGGGCUGAGGAAGAGAAUCUCCACCCUCUUCCUCCAGUACAUCAAAAACCCCACCUUUAACCCUGAGGUGGCCAAACUGCUCAAGGUCCCCCAAGACCCAGCCCAGUUGAGGAAGAACAUCUACUUCUGCCGUGGCUGCAGCCGCUACCUGCUGUCCACUGACUUUGCACUUACGGCCAAUGCUCGCCUGGUAGGCAAGUGUCGUAGCUGUUCGGAGCUGGACAACGAGGCUCGCCGCCGCGAGGACUUCUCCCACUACAAGACCAUCCUCAGGAGGCUCCGCAAGACUGAGGCCCAGAGGAACAAAGAGGCCAAGAUUACCUACCUGCUGCAGGAGCAGGACCUGCGGUACCUGGUAGAUGUAGUGUGGGGGGCCCAGUCGGCCCUCAGUGCGUGGAGCGACAUGCAUGACCUGGUAAUGGUGAGGUGGGAUUGCCAGUGGGAGUGGAGUCCCUGGAACUGCAUCCUGCUCACCAAGGGAGAAGCUGCUACUCACAUCAAAAUGGAGAACAUUGAGAAGGCCUAUGGAGUGGUGUUCAUUCGGAAUGUCAAACACAAACACACAGUGGCAAAGAAAUACUUCUCCAAGAUCCCCGUCAUGGCCAAAUACCUCCAGGAAGUGGACUUGCAAUCAGCCGCCCACGGCAGCCUGUUAGUCGCCAAGCCCAUCAACACGGUGACAGCCAGGAUCCUGACUACCACCCCACAAGCCGCUGGUGGCAAGGCCACGCAGUGA